AUGUACGUCACAUUGUCAAGCACUGAUUGCACCACCAUCGUCCAAAGCACGAUCCCCCCUCCGGGCCUUAGGCCCUCUAUGUCCAAGUGCACCAUUGUUAAGAGCGAGCUCUUGGACCUAAGCAGCUCAGACACCUUAACUCGCAGCACUAUCCACGACUCAAGCAUAAAGGGCGGCCGCUUUGCAGGUGCAGAGUCCCAGACACGAAUCUACAACUGCGAUAUCGCGAAUAGCAAACUCAACCAGGUCUCACUUGAGCGCUCAAUUGCCCAGAACGCGAAGAUGUCGAAGGUACACGACCUACGGAGUACAAUCCAGGGCUCGGAAGUCAAUUCUUCAAGCCUGCGACGGAAUUUACUGCACGGCUCGCGUGUCGUCGGUUCGUGGCUAUCUAGAAGUGAGACGCAGGGGUCACAUAUUGUAGAAAGUCGGGUGCGGCGGAGCGAUAUUCGUGGAAGUCGGGUGAGAACCAGUCGGCUGGAUAGGGCCACCGUGCAGAAUUGUCAAGUAUCGAAUAGUCUGCUGCUGCGAGGCGAUUAUCAGAAUAAGGAUAUUCAUAAUGAGAUCUGGCAAAACGGGAGGUUUGUGGGGAGUACGCGCGAAAUGAACCAGGAGGAUUGGAUGAUGGAGCUGGGCUCGGAGAGCGAGGAGGAAGGGGAGCUUGGAGAUGAGAUGGAAAGUAGUAUCUCGUUUCUUGGGAGAAGAAACAGAGAGCAUGGGCGUGACGAAGGACCUCCGACGGAGAGGGAGUUGGAGAGAGAACAGGUGCACUAUGACGAUCCGCCGCCACCAUAUUCGCCCUAA